AUGCUAACGCCCUCUGCUGAACAGGAGCAGUACUAUAUCAAAGACAAAUGUGUCUGUAUGAUAAGCAAAUAAACUGACAUGACAGAAGAUUGAUGCCAUACCAUAGAGCCAGAAGAUGGAGAAACAUGAGAAGGCAUCAGAAAGAUGAAUGGAUGAAUGGAUUUCUUGCAGUUGAGAGCCAGAGAUGGAAACAGAGAGCAAGACCGAGAGAAAGGAGUCUCAGGGCGGUUAUGAAGCAGGUGGCAGGGAGGGAUAAUCCAGAAGAGCAAGCCAGAAAAAGACUCCACUUUGCUAAGUUUGCCUAGAACAAGCAUUAGAGGUGAGGACUUGAGGACGGUGAGGAUCUGCACCUGACCACAGCCCACUUGGACUCAACUGGAUAUAUACUCCAUAGCAUGUAGCCCAGUUCUUCUUCCUCCUUCUCUCAUUUCUGCCUGUGUAGUCAUAUUAUCAUGGGUGAAAUCCAAAAGGGUUUAUUUUCCGUCAUUGAGAAACUAAAGGGCACGACAGAGCAGGAGCUCCGGAUCAUUCUUCUUGGUCUGGAUAAUGCUGGGAAAACCACCUUACUGAAACAGCUCGCCUCAGAAGAUGUGAACACGAUCACACCAACUCAGGGCUUCAACAUUAAGAGUGUAACCUGUCAUGGCAUGAAACUGAAUGUCUGGGACAUUGGGGGGCAGCGGAAGAUCCGUCCCUUCUGGAAAAAGUAUCUGGAGAACACAGAUUUGUUGAUCUAUGUCAUCGACAGUGCAGACAAGAAGAGGUUUGAAGAAACAGGCCUGGAGCUCUCAGAACUGAUCGAUGAGGAGAAUCUGAAGGGAGUGCCUGUGCUCAUCUUUGCCAAUAAGCAGGAUCUGAACACAGCAUCUACAGCCAGCGAGAUCGCCGAGGGGCUCAACCUGCACACGUACCGGGAUCGAGAGUGGCAGAUCCAGGCCUGUUCGGCUAUUUCUGGUGAAGGAGUACAGGAUGGAAUGAACUGGAUCAGCAAUAAUAUUGUAAAUAAGAAGAAAUAAAGCUGCAUGAAAAUAUCUUUUGUAUUGAUAAAUAAAAGUUCUCUGAUCUUUCUCUACAAAUGCAGGAGUGUUCAGAUAGAUCAGACUGACUUCCUUCAACACUAAUGUUUUGUAAUAUUUUGUAAGUUAUAUAAAUUGAAUUCAUAAUGACUGACAUCAGGAAGCAUUCUGCUGUUUGAUGUACAGUAUAUGAACUCUCCAGCCACUUUAGAGAAUUACUGCAAACCAAAAGCAAGCAAAAGAAACAAAAAAGCAGUGAUAGUUAAAUUGUUUUCUUCUUCUAUUAAGGCUUUUUUUUUGUUUUUUUUUGGUUUUCUGAUUUCGGUAUUCUCUAUGACAGGAUCUCAGUGACUCAUUCUAGCAGCAAAUAAUGAUACAAACAGACUUGCAACCUAAAAAGAGAUGAGUCAUGUGUCCAAGUGUGGCAUUCACUAGAGAAUACAAGUUAUAGUUUUGUAGAUAGUUAGUUCUGAAGCAACAUGAUGGAUGGACCAUCUCAAACAGAGAACCUUCUUUCCUGAUCUGAACUCUUGUUCUCUCAGUUAUAUUUGUGGCUUUCCAUAGGCUCAUGUACAGUUUAUAAUAACCUGUGUGUGUGUGCAUCAUUCAGGCAUAUAUAUUUAUAUAUGUAUGGAUAUAUACACUUGCUCUCCACUUUAUUAGGAACACCUGUACACCUGCUCAUUCAUGCAAUUAUCCAAUCAACCAAUAAUGUAGCAGCAAGGUAUAAAUUCAUGCAGAUACAGGUCACAUCAAACAUCAAAUAGGGAAAAUGUUAUUGGAAAAACAUAGUUGUAGCCCAUCCAAGUUGUAGCCCAUCCAAGGUUUGGUGUGUUGUGCAUUUUGUGAUGCUUUUCUGCUCACCAUGGUUGUAAAGAGUGCUUAGAAUUACUUUAGCCUUCCUGUUGACUUGAACCAAUCUGGCAAUUUCUCCUCUGACCUCUCUGGUCCACCUGCAGAACUGGCGCUCACUGGAUGUUUGUUGUUUUCGUACCAUUCUGUUUAAACUCUAGAGACUGUUGUGCAUGAAAAUCUGAGAUCAGCAGUUUCUGGAAAUACUCAAUUUCCCCCAUUCUGAUGUGAACAUUAACUGAAGCUCUUGACCUGUAUCCGCAUGACUUUUAUACAUUGUGCUGCUGCUGCCACAUGAUUGGCUGAUUGGAUAAUUGAGCAGGUGUUCCUUAUAAAGUGGCUAGUGUGUAUAUAUAUAUAUAUAUAUAUAUAUAUAUAUA